GGAAUACACCAGUCCUGUACAGACACAAACAUGUUUACUGUGGGAGCUUCGCUUUAGUGUUUUUAAGUUUCAGGAUACAAGUGUUGUUUUUUAAGAAGUUAUGAGAGGUGAUAUGGAACCACGACUACAGCAAUUUGUUAGGACUGUCCUGCUUCUGCACAUCUGCUGGCUCUGGAGUGUCCAGUGUUUGUCCGUCCGCUUCACAAACCAGCAGUCGCUGUAUGUAAUCAAAGGCCAGAAUCUGAUCCUACAGGCGCAAAUUGAGCUGCUGGAUGGUGAACAUGUUGCUAAAGUGACAUGGGACCAUGCUGCAAAGACUUCUGGGAAGACUUCAACAAUAGCUGAGUUUCCUCGUAAAAUCUCAGAUGAGAGAGUGACACUGGAACAACAGGGAGCCACACUGAAGAUCAAUGGUUAUCAAGCAGCGGAUGCCGGCAUCUACACGGUCACAGUUACAGACCAGUCAGGACUAAGACGAUCCGCACAGCGAACCGUUCAAGAGUAUCUGGCGGUGCAUCACGUGUCGGUGAUGGUGAACGUGUCUCACUUGGUUCUUCACUGUAUGGAGACCUGGGGAACUGAACCCACCUAUACUUGGCUGCAUGAGAAAGUGGUCGUGACAGAGAAAGUGGGUCACAUUUCGGCAGAUGGGACGUCUCUGUAUGUCUCUGGCACCUUCUGCGGACAUUUCACCUGCGUGGUGAGCAACAAACUGGGACACAGUUCAGCAACAUACACCGCAGAGGCGUGUGAAAGCACAAACAGGAGCACAACUGCUGUCGUUGUGUUUCUGCUGCUGAUACUGACGCUCGUAGUCGCUGCUCUGGUCUUUAUACUAUGGAGGAGACGCAGGCGUCUAUACAACAGAAGGGAGAGACUGAGAGAGCCGUAUGAAGAGACUCUGUGAGCUGAUCUCAGAACAGUUUUACUGCAGUACUGUGACACUGACAAGAGCUGAUGGACUGCCAGUCGCUUGAAGCUUUCAGCACAUCCUUUUUAUACUUUAUCAACGUGUUAGAAGUGUUUUUUUGUUUGAUAUUAGACUUCCGGGAAAGAUAUUUAUGCAUAUUUAUUUAACCAAGUUAGACUAGCAUCAUCUGGAGGUCUAGUUAAUGCAGUCCUUUCUGAAAUACUUGAUUCUGAUUGGUCAGUUGUGACAUUCUGACAUUAAUAUGACGGACGCUAAACUAUUAACUGACCGUUGUCUUGUAUCAAUAAAUUGACGUUUGACUAAUUGA